AGUGGAGAUCUCGGGGGUGUAGCCGACUGUGAUCUAGAUUCCCCGUUCCCGACAACACUCAAAGCCCACCGCCGGUAAAGAACAAUGAGCACGUCCGAGUGUUUGGACCGCAUGGAGCUCUGUGAGAGCCUGUUAACGUGGAUCCAAACUUUUGGAGUGGAGGCCCCAUGUAAAACAGUUGAAGAUUUGACCAGUGGGGUUGUCAUGGCCCAGGCUCUACAAAAAAUAGAUGCACAGUAUUUUAAUGAAGCAUGGAUCAGUAGAAUUAAACCAGAUGUUGGAGACAACUGGAGGUUAAAGAUCAGCAACUUGAAGAAGGUUCUGAAAGGAAUUUUAGAUUAUAACCAGGAGAUCCUCGGUCAGCACAUAAAUGACUUCAGGCUACCAGAUGUAACCCUUAUUGGAGAGCAUUCAGAUGCUGCUGAACUUGGGAGAAUGUUACAACUUAUACUGGGCUGUGCUGUCAGCUGUGAACAAAAGCAAGAAUACAUUCAAACCAUAAUGAGCAUGGAGGAGUCAGUGCAACAUGUCGUCAUGACCGCCAUCCAAGAGCUCAUGAGCAAAGAGACUCCAGUCACCACAGGAACAGACUCUUAUGAGGACCUGGACAGACAGUUGAAGAAGACUGUUGAGGAGCUUAACGAGGCCUUGAACACUAAAGAAGAAAUUGCACAGAGGUGUCGAGAACUUGACAUGCAGGUGGCAGCUCUACAAGAUGAGAAAAGCAGUUUGCUGGCAGAGAAUCAGGUCUUGAUGGAGAGACUUAACCAGUCGGACUCCAUAGAGGAUGUGAACAGCCCUGCCGGAAGAAGGCACCUCCAGCUGCAGACACAACUGGAACAGCUACAGGAAGAAACAUUCAGGCUUGAAGCAGCCAAAGAUGACUACCGGAUCCGCUGUGAGGAGCUUGAAAAAGAACUGUUAGAUGUGAAGUCACAGAAUGAAGACCUGACAUCGCUAGCGGACGAAGCCCAGUCUCUCAAGGAUGAGAUGGAUGUCCUCAGACACUCCUCUGACAAGGUCUCUAAACUAGAAGGUACAAUAGAACACUAUAAGAAGAAACUGGAAGACAUGGGACUACUCAGAAGACAGAUUAAGUUGUUGGAGGAAAAAAACACAGCACUGAUGCAAACUCAUGUCAGUUUAGAAGAGGAGUUACGAAAGGCAAAUGCUGCUAAGGGACAACUGGAAACUUACAAAAGACAGGUGGUUGAACUCCAAAACAGGUUAUCAGAGGAGUCCAAAAAGGCAGACAAAAUGGAAUUUGAAUACAAAAGACUCAAAGAGAAAGUGGACUCGCUACAAAAAGAAAAAGAUCGUAUGCGCUCAGAGAGAGACUCAUUAAAAGAGACAAUAGAGGAACUACAUUGUGUCCAAGCUCAAGAGGGGCUCACUUCAGGCUUAUUUCCAAAGUUGGGCAGUGAUGGUUCAGAUUCUCUAGCUGCUGAAAUAACCACACCAGAAAUGAGAGAACACCUCAUACGUUUGCAGCAUGAAAACAAGAUGCUAAAACUGGCCCAGGAAGGGUCAGACAAUGAGAAAAUUGCAUUAUUACAAAGUCUACUGGAGGAUGCGAACCGCAGGAAAAACGAACUAGAGACUGAGAACAGACUAAUCAACCAGCGUCUUAUGGAAGAGUCGAGUCAGGUGGAGGAGCUACAGAAGUCUCUCCAAGAACAGGGCUCCAAAGCUGAUGAUUCUUCCAUAAUAAAGAAGAAAUAUGAAGAGCACAUGGAGAAACUACAGGAGUUGAAUAACGACUUGCUGAAGAAAAAUGCUGUGAUUGAUGAGAUGGAGCCUAAAUACAAUGCCAGUUGCCAACGAGUCGAAGAACUUGAAGAUGCUUUGAAAAAGAAAGAUGAUGACAUGAAACAGAUGGAAGAAAGAUAUAAGAAAUAUCUUGAAAAAGCCAAGAGUGUCAUCCGAACCUUGGACCCAAAACAAAAUCAGGGCUCAGGCCCAGAAGUGCAGGCUCUGAAGAACCAGUUGCAGGAGAAGGAGAGGAUGUUGCACUCAUUGGAAAAAGAGAUGGACAAGACAAAGACCCAGAGAGAUUACGAGGAGAAGCUGAUUGUGUCUGCAUGGUACAAUAUGGGGAUGUCUAUGCAGAAGAAGGCAGCAGAAGACAGACUGGCCAACACUGGCUCGGGUCAGUCCUUCUUGGCUCGGCAGAGACAAGCCACCAGCUCCCGGCGCUCCUACCCAGGCCACGUGCAGUCAGCUACGGCCAGGUAGACUGCUCCUGCUCAGAAAGCCCAGCGCCUGUUCUAAGACUCAACUUUACCUUUACAGAAGACAUGGUUCUAUGGUCGUGUGGAUUAAAUUUUUGUCUUAAACUCAGUGAGCUACAGAUUCUACCUUGCCCGUUUUCAUCAAUUUGUUGACCCUUAAAGAACCCACAAUUUUGAGUUUUUUUCUUAGAAUACAGUAGGAUUAUUCACUCCACAUGCAGUCUUCUAAAUAACAAGCAUAGGCCCCCUUCUAGAGCCUGUAUGAUUGAUGUUGAUUUUGAUUUUGUUGAACUAGGCUUUGAAUUAAUUUUUUAUAGCUUUAACCAUAGAUUUGUUGUAAAGUUGCGGUUUUGUGCAAUGUUUUGUUGUUGUUUAUGUUAUUUUUAGUUUGAAUUGAUUCUCUUAAGUUUGAAACAUUCAGUACAGACAUAAUAGGACAUACAAAGUAUAUAUGUAACAUAUUUCCUAAACCACAAGAUGGUUAAAGUGCAGCAAUAAUGAGAGACAGUUAUCUCUAUUUGAGAUAGUUAUUUUGUGUAGCCAUUUACAGUGCCAGCCUCUACAGGGUAGUCUGAAACAUGCCUUAUGUGCCAUGGUGACACACAAACUUACUAUAACUAUAUUUAGACUGAAUACCCAAAACACUGACAUGUUGGGCGCAGUGUAUUACAGUUAAAUAUUAGAUAAAGCAUUUGACAUUUCGCAUUUAAAGGCCAGUAAUUUAAUAUCCAUGAUAAAUCUUUAAAUUGAAUAAGCAAUAAUUGGAAUGUUGCAAUUAUAAUCAAAAUCUGACUUUGAAUCCUGCUCAUUCCUUGUGUAUUAGAAGUGAAAUCAAAAUUUUCCUAACACACUAAAUACUUCCUGAAUGCAAAGGCUCUUAAUGUUAUUUUGUCAUCUAGUGUGUCUGACUGUUGUCUUUUUGUCUCCUCCCUUGACAGCAAUAUCACUGCAUGACUGGCCCUUCUCUGAACUUCUGAGCCUGGUUUAGCAUGGUCUUAGUCGGCCUGUUCCGGCUUUGGCCUCUUCUGCAUGAACUGCCUUCUGUUUGCAUGAGUUUACGUUGACUACAAACCUCAAGCAACAAACUAAAUAACCAGCAGCAGCAUGUGAACUAACCCCUGUCCUCCGUCAUGCUGUGUAACUCUGGUUUCUCUAACCCUGUCUGUUUUAUUUGGUUUUAACCCCUCUCCUCAUGGACCUCAUGCCUGUCAACUUAACACAUCAAACAAGUCUGUUACCACUUAUUUUUGUUACAAACCUCAAACAAAGACACAAUAUGAGUUUAGCUGACAGUCUGUUACAAAGGAAGUAUUUUAGUCUAGUAUUUUAAUGUAUUAUUUUAUGUGGUCUGGCUGUUACAUGAUACCUCAAACAUGUCACUUCCUCAAAUUUUUUGAUAACAUUUGAGACAUUUGUUACGGAGAAACAUUUUUGUUACAUUACAAGUUACAUUGGAUGUCCUUGUACGUUGUCACUAUAUUUGACUUUGAUUACUGUAUGUCUGGGAGAGAAGAGGGUCUUUGCGCCGCCUGAUGCAUGGCUCCAGCACUGUAACGUUAGGAGCAGCUGGCGACCCCUCCUACUGUGGGGAUGAAUUUAGCAGUAAUUUAAGUGUUUUAACAUUUGUUUUGAACAUGAUUUUAGACACAAGCCCUUAUUAAGCCUACUUGUAUUAUUCUACAGAGCAAAUGCACUGUUGUGCAGUCUGAUGUACUGAUCCAAUACAGUAUUUGUUACAUUAUUCAUCUAUACUAAACUAUUCAGUGUCUUGCUAUGAAAACGAUAUCAGUAUAAGUAACCUAGAUUGCAACAUGAUAGUCAUGGCCCAUGGAGCUUGUAAUUGUACCAUAUGUAAGUGUUAUUGUGGGACUUAAAGGCUAUACAUGAGGGCCUAGUGUUACAUUCAUAUAGAAACCAGGCACAAAAGUAUUUUUAGUUUAAUUGUAUUUUAGCUUGGCAUUUGAAAUGAUUCUUCAGCUAAAACUGACAAUUCCAGCAGUAAUAACUUCAUGCAAACAGCUACAUAGAGUCAAAUACAUCUUUAAUCUUUUAUGUAUUCACUGUAAAUGAAUUCUGCUAGUAUUAAAUUUUCACUAUGAAAUUAUGACAUAGGAUGCAAAAUAGAUGUAUGCAUGAUACAGGCAUAUAUGCACAUGUCUAUUAGAAUGAGAGAGAUGCUUGAAUCCUCUUUGCCCAAUCGAGUGCCUUGAAGUAUUUAAAAGAACGGGGUUAGGUGGUUUUAAAGGAUGUUGCCUCUCCACCCUGUAUGAUCUGAAAAGAGACUUGUGUUCAGGCUUAAUGAGGGCUGUAACUUUUAAUUUGACUAAGUGUAUAUUAUUGUGUAACCUAAUAUUGAUUCAUGCAGUGCAUCUUAAUGGCUUAUUUAUUCCUCUGCCACUUUGACAGAACAGUGUUUUCAUUUGUAUAAUUGCACAUACUUAAACUGUUGGAGGUGAUGUGAACUCCCCAUGGCAUUUUGUACUGUAUAUUCUCCUAUGCAACCAAACACACAACACUGACCUACAGUGUUCUCAGAAACAAGGCACACAGAUUAUUAAAAGGGUGAGUGCAAUUUGGAAACACUGCAUAGAUGGGAGUAUUUUUUUGCUUUUUCCCCUCUGUAAUUUUAUUCCUAUUAAAACAAAUUCCACAUUUUAUUUAUUUUAAAGUCAAGCGAUAGAAGUUAUAGAUACAAAUUUUGCAAUGAAUAUUAAGUACAUUAAAUAAUGUGAAAUUCAUAUUGGCAGGUAUACAAAAGUUUUCACAGUCCUCCUUCAUAACCGUCCACAAAUAUUCAUUUUGUGAAAGGAAUAGAACACUUUUUUUUGGAGUCAACACAUUAUUCUUUUUUUUUUUUUUUUCUUUUACUGAAACCUGUUGCACCUUUUAACUUUCUUCACACCACCUCUCGUUUUUCUUACCGUGUCUCUUUGAGUUGGAGUGAAUGUUUUCUGUUAUUACAUAUGACCUUGUGAUAGGUCUUUGCCACAAAAUCACAAAUUCUUUGCGAUGUAGUUUUGGAUCUUAGAAGUAAGUAUGUUACAAACAAAACCUUAAGUUAAUUCCCUUGUUAACAAUUGGGCCAUCAACAGGUGAAACUAUGGAACAGCAUUAUUAUAAUUAUUUUAUUUUAUUAUUUUUUUUACUGAAGACUUUUUUCUUAACAUAUUCAAGUAGCAGUUAACCUUUUCCAUUUGCCAAGUUUUAUAUUGCCUGUAUAUGACUUCACUUUGUACAGACAUAGUGUCAGAAGUGCAGAGUACUCCAGUGGAUAUUGUUGUGCUUCCUACACUGCAAAAGCUGGAGAUACCAUGUAAAUAAAGCUUGUAUAAAAAGGA